AUGGAUCUUUUGAAGGUUUCUCACGGUUAUGUUGACCGAAUUCUAGCUAGAUCGGAUAAUGAUUCGUCCGAUAUCCGUGUUUUGUUGCUAGACCAGUUUACGGGCCCGAUUAUAUCCCUGGUUUCUACCCAAUCUGAAUUGUUGCAGCAUGAGGUAUAUCUCAUUGACCGUCUCGAGAACCUAUCGAGGGAUAAAAUGAGACAUCUCAAGUGUAUUUGUUUCGUAAAACCUACGGAAGAAACCAUUACGGCCUUGGUUGACGAAUUACAGAACCCAAAGUAUUCGGGAUACUCGAUAUAUUUCAACAACAUCGUUUCCAAACCGCAACUGGAACGUUUGGCCGAGUCCGAUAAUAUGGAGCUUGUAUCUAAAGUUGUGGAGAUCUUUGAGGAUUACUACGUGGUGAACAAGGAUCUGUUUUCAUUCAACCAAAGCGACAUUUUUGGGAGCGCCAUAGAUAGCUGGAGUCCCGGCGUUUUUAACAAAGUUUCUGAAGGGAUGAUGUCAGUUCUUCUUUCUCUCAAGGCCAAACCCAUCAUACGGUUUGAGAGAAACUCGAAAAUGGCCUCCAAGCUGGCAAGCGAUUUGGCGUAUGAGAUCAGCCAGAACGUGCAGCUGUUUGAGUUUGGUGUGAAACAGGACACCCCGCCCCUUCUGCUGAUAUUGGAUAGAAAGAAUGACCCCAUCACGCCUCUGUUGAUCCCUUGGACUUUCCAAUCCAUGGUUCAUGAGCUGAUAGGUAUAGCGAAUAACACAGUGGAUCUUUCGUGUAUUCCAAAUGCUCCAAAGGAACUCAAACAGGUAGUUCUAUCGAGCGACCAAGAUACGUUCUACCAUGAUUCGAUGUAUUUGAAUUUUGGAGAUCUGAGUGACAAGAUCAAGCAUUAUGUGGAUCAGUACAAGCAACAGACGAAAAACAACUUAAAUAUGGAUUCUCUUCAGGAUAUGAAAAAGUUCAUGGAGUCGUAUCCAGAAUUCCGCAAGCUAUCCAACAACGUCGCGAAGCAUAUGACACUGGCGUCCGAACUUGACAGAAGAAUUAAUGCCGAUAGACUAUGGGAAGUUAGUGAGCUCGAGCAGACGAUGUCGUGCAAUGAGAACCACAAUCACGACUUGCAAGAGCUCGAAAGAUUAUUGCAGGAUAGACCGAAUCCUGAGAAUCCCUCCAAUCCAGUGGUCCCGAUCUCAGAGGAUGCCAAGAUCCGUCUUCUUGCAUUAUACGCACUUCGUUACGAGUCCAACUCCAACAACCAGUUACCUCGUUUGCUGAAGCUUUUGGGAUCCCAGGGGGUAGCUCCAGAUAAACUCACCUUCAUCUCUAGUUUGCUGGCUUACGCAGGACUGAAACGUCGUAUUGAUGAUGCAGACUCUACCGUGUUCACUAAAGCCACAAAUAGUUUGAUUGCUGGUCUCACGGCAAACCACGAGACUGACAAUAUUUACAUGCAGCAUAUUCCAAGGGUAGAAUCGAUUGUCUCAAAGUGUGCAAAAGGAAAACUUCCAGCUGUUCAAUUCCCAGUGGCUGACUCAUCCGACGGCCAACAGCGUAACGCGAACCUUGUGAACGAAAGGAGCCAGGACAUAAUCCUGUUUUUCGUGGGUGGGGUGACCUACGAGGAGGCCAGAGUAAUAGCGAACUUGAACGCACAAAACGACUCGGUGCGAAUAGUUAUUGGUGGCACAUGCAUCCAUAACACAUCCAGUUUUGUGGAGUCGAUUCACAAAGCUGGAGAGAAGUGGGGGUUGGGAGUUGGUGGUGGAGCCAACGGGGCCAAGAGCCGACUUCAUUCAAGAAUGGAUAUAUAG